GAUAGGCAGAGCAAAUAAUUGUCAGGGUAAGCAACAACUUCUACAUUUGCAAGGUUCUAGAUGUCCAUUAUGGUGAGCACUUCACUGUAGCUUACUUUAGAAAUUAAUAACUAGGCUACUGCCUGAUUUGCAGACUUGAUCACUUCCUCCCGCUGCCUUUUGGAUAUGAACAGGAUUAAGCUGUGCUCUUCCCAACCAUCAUAUGAUAAAGUGGCCUCAGUUCAACUAAAAUGCUGGGCUCUUCCUGAAUGCAACAACCGUAUUGUAUUGUAUACAAUAACGCCGUAAUGCUGUGCUUUCUGUCAGGAUGUUUUUCGAUUUCUUGGUAUAGCCUACGGCCCUAGGGCAAGAUUGGAGGAUUUCCGGGUGGUCCCCCGACCUUGUAUUCUGAGUUUCUCUCAUAGGGGAAGCAGAGAAGGCAGCCGCGAGGAGGAGCGCAGGCCCACGAUCUUCCUGUUGUCGGCUUCAACCUCUCGCUAGGCGGUGCAGCGACCGGGACUGGGCGCAGCAGCCCAAUUCUCCCGGUGGCGUUAGCUGCAGGUGGGCAAGCGGGCAAACCACGGGCGAAGGCUCUGCCUGCUACUUUUUUCCCCUCGCUCUCCGCUCACCCAAGCCUGGACAACCAGCAGCCCUCGUGGCCCUUCCUUUCCCGUCGGGGCGACGUGCGGGAGAAGCUCCCCUGCACCGCGCUGCCCAGCCAGAGGCAAGAAGACGGGUGAGGGAAAGCUGCGAGAACAGCCCAUCUGCCCUCUUCCUCCGACUAAGACGGGCAGAAAAAGCCCGUCGGGGAACCAAGAAAGCCCGGAGAGGGCGGCAAGGCCGAGAUCAGCUCCCAGCAACCCCCGCCUAGUUAGGCCAGCUGCCGAAAGCUGGCAGGGCUUGACGCAGCGGAUCACAUGGCGGCGGCGGCUCAGCAGGAAGUUCGCUCUGUUCCUGGGUGGCGCGUCGGAGUUUCGGGCUUGCUCCGAGGCGAUCGGAGCGCGUAGCCGAUCACGGUGGGGGCUUCGAGGAUUGCGAGUGGAAUAGAAAUCCUGAAGGCUGUGAAGUUCUUCCUCCAGUUUCCCUGAAUGAAAAGUUUCUAUCUUUGUACUAACAAGAGAGGUUUUGCAUCUCAAUGAGCUACUUUGAUUCUCAGAUAUUAUCUUUCCAUUUGGUUCAAUGAGCUGGUAAAUCCCGUGAAAUAGUUCUCCCUAUUUUGUCUGCUUUGCUUUGCAAAGUUUUAAGUCUGUUACAACAUCUCUUGGAUAAGAAGCGAAACGUCUUCAAGGAAACAUAAAGUGCAGUUGCCUCUUCAAAAAGUACCUUUGGGACAUUACAGCAGGGAUUUUCAAACUUUUACAGGCUAUGGAACCAGAAUCCGAGAAUCCCUGAUAAUUUAACCAGAUCUGCUGCAUUCAUAAUCUCUUCAGUGAUGAAAUAUUGCUGGGAAGUAUGGAUAAAAAUAUUGCAGAGCAGCUUAAUAAGGCAUAUGAAGCGUUUCGACAGGCGUGUAUGGAGAGAGACUUUGCUAGGAAAGAACUAAAGCAAAAGACAGACAGCUAUGAGAAGCAGAUACAUGACCAGCAGGAAAAAAUCGAAUUUCUAAUGAGUAUUGUUGCAAAACUCAAAUCACAGUUGGCUUCUAUGACUGCCAACAGAGUCAACACUCAUAGUCAAGUUCCAGUCCAUGAGAACAAUGAAAUGGGAAGAAAUGGUACCUUGUUGAACUCAGAUUUUGAUCAGCUCCAAGAAAAGCUGAAAUUGGCAAUGCAAAGGGAAAAGCUUUUGAAGGAACAAUUGGAAAGUGAGAGUGUAAAAUUAAAAAAAACUGAAGAAGAUAGUAAUUUAAAGGAAAAGAAAUUUGAAUCUAUUAUCACUGCCAAAGAAGAUGAAAUAAGGAAUCUAAAAAAGCAGCUGAAAGAAAUAAAUGAAGUACAAAACUGCAUACAGGUACCAAGAUACGAAAAAGAGGCAAGGAGUGAAAAACAUCCUUCGUCUAGACAGGAAUUAUCAUCAGGGGUCUCUUCUGCAUCUGUCUGUGAAAGGGAUGAACUGGAAAGUGUUUUCUGGGGCAUGAAAGAAGAAUUCAGUCGAAUACGUGCACUGGCAAGGGCACAGGGAGACCAGCUGAAUAAAUUUAACCUACGGAGAGAACCUACAACUGAAAUCCCUUUCUCCAAGCCUGUCCAAUGCACUGAUGAACAAACAGAUGACCUUUGUAAUCCUUGGGUUAAAAAGGAGGCAAACAGAGAUGUAUCUCACUUCCCAUCUAUUGCGUCAAGAGGAAUGGGACCGGAUGAGGAAGAAAACUCAGUGGAAUCCCUUUCUAAGCUUAAUGUUAAGUUCCCACCUACAGAUGGUGAUGCUGAAUUCUUGGAGAGCUCUCCAGAGACAACUCCAAUUCUAAACACUCUGAUGACUGAAAAUGUGCUCCCAAAUCAGCCAUUUAACAUGGAUCUUGGGGACCAGGAGCCUCCGUGGAACUCUUACUCCUCACAAGACACUGACUUACUGGCACUUGCUUCUGAAGACUCGGAACCCAGGCAGUCAGGAAUAUGUGAAUUCUGUCAGAAAGUGUUCCCACCAUCUCUUACAUCAAGGGAGGAUUUUCUGAGGCAUCUGAAUUCUCAUUUCAACUUGAAGUCUUAGCGUCAUUGGAAAACAGACAAGUUUUAUUUAAUUUAA